GAAUCCGGAAGCGCCAGGCGCUCGUCUGGCGGCCGCUGGGGCCCAGGAUCCCGGCUGGGGUCCAGGAUGUCUGCUCAUCGGAAGCACGUGUUUACUGAAAAAGUGCUGAAGAGACUUUUUCCUAAUGUUUCAAGUGGCGGAGAUAAGGGGACACCUCAGACUCCUGCCUUGGAGACACCACCCAAGAAUGUGACCCCUGAGGCGGUACAGCACACGCAUGAUCAUAGGCCGACAGAUGGUGACAUUAAGACCCAGCCUGAACGUCGGCUCUACACUGUGAGUUUGCCUCCUCCAGGGUAUAUUCCUAGUUUGCCGGAACCUUCCAGCUGUGCGAACUCUGAAAAUGCUUCCAGUGGUGGCGACACAGAAGCAGAGCCGGAUCACCAUGAUCAACCAAAAAGGAAAAGAAUUAGAAAACGCAAAUCCAAGAAAAACGUUAAAAACCUCAAUGAUGCUGCUAUAAAGCAAACAGAACUAGAGAGGCAGCCAGGUCUCUCACAAGAGAAAAUGCAUCCAGAGCAUCCGGAUGCCCCCAAGAUGAGCAAAAACAAGAGAAGGAAGCUGAAAAAGAAGCUGCAGCUGAGGAGGAAGAAAGCGGCCGGCUUAGUCAAGGCCUUGGGGAUCACCUUCCUGUACCAGCCUGAGAGCAGCAGCGAGCCAGACGGUGACGACGACGUUGAGAGAGGAGAGGCCGAGGGUGACCAGCAGGGCUCCGUCUCAGGCCCCACCCAGGAAGACAUCGAACUCGCCAACAGUAAGACAGACAGCCUCCUGAGUUUCCUCAAGUCAACUCAAGAAAUUUAUUUUUAUGAUGAUACUUCCAAAGACAUCGAUCCAGCUGUGUGUGUAGAAACCACAGAAGAGCUGCUGAGCCUCCUUGAGUCUCGGAGCAUGCCUCCCUCGGAUGUGCUCAUUCUGGACCACAUGAAAACUCUGCUGCUUCUGCAGGACACUGAGAGGCUGCAGAGCGCUCUGAAGAUGUUCCCAGAGCACUGCAUGUUGCCUCCUGACCAUGCCAGAGUAAUCUCAGCUUUCUUUAAUUAUUGGAUCACACAUAUUCUUCCUGAACAAAAAGCCAGUGAAUAAAACAGUACCUCUUUAAGAAGAGCUAUCUACUAUUUACAAGAAGAUGUUAAAUACAAAUAUGGGUGAACUGAGACUUCAUUCUUGUACAUAAAGAUUUAUUUUCUUUGUGAAUCAAACCGGAGACAUUGAAGACAUUUCUACCUUAUUAUUUAUUUCUGUGUUUGUGUAUAGUUGGUAAGAUAGUAAGUGAGAAAUUGGGGUAAAAUUGAAGUGUUUCACUUGCUUAUUGUUACAUAUGUAUUGAGUUAUUAUAUAAAUAGAUUUUUUCUAAUGCUUGUAAUAAUUUAAAACAGACAUUUUAUUAAAUAAACAAUAUAGUUUAAAGUUA